GCAGGCGGGAGACACGUAGUUUGACAGUAGCACUACAAGCGGAUCCCGAGCUCCACAGUCGUUCGAGGUUGGACAAUCUAGUCAGUCCCUGUGAGCAACGUCCCCGAAACAGUAUGGCGUCAGAAGAGCUCGCAAAGAAGCUACAGACACGACUGGCCGCGUCGGAGGAGCCCGAGCAGAGGCCGGAGCCGGAGGAGACCAUCGUCACGGACAAACAGCAGGAGACCGAGGCAGCUUGUGGCGACACCUCGUCCGAGCUGUCUGCUAAACUAAACCGACGGCUGGACAUUAACGAGGGCAACGCUCCCCCCCGGGCUAGCCGCGUCUUCAACCCCUACACGGAAUUCAAGGAGUUCUCCCGAAAGCAGAUUAAGGAGAUGGAGGUGAUGUUUAAACGGUAUGACACUGGUAAAGAUGGAUUUAUCGACCUAAUGGAGCUCAAGCUGAUGAUGGAGAAGCUUGGUGCUCCACAGACUCACCUGGGCCUUAAGAACAUGAUCAAAGAGGUGGAUGAGGACUUUGAUGGUAAACUGAGCUUUCGAGAGUUUUUGUUGAUCUUUCGAAGAGCAGCAGCGGGGGAGCUGCAAGAAGAGAGUGGUCUUAUGGCACUGGCCAGACUGUCUGAAAUCAAUGUCUCCACAGAGGGAGUGAGUGGGGCCAAAGACUUUUUUGAAGCUAAGAUGCAGGCAUUGUCUGUGGGCAGCAAGUUUGAGGCUGAGAUCCGCGAGGAGAAGGAAGAACGCAAGAAACAGGAAAUGGAAAAAAAAGAGAGGAGAGCCGCUUUCAAAGAGCUGCAGUCGGCUUUUUGCUCAUGACGCUGUACAGGAAGGCAAUCCUGAAAACGCACAUUCUGUUAGUCAGAUUUUCAAAGUACAUUUACAUUACUUAUAUUCUUAAAUGAUAAUGCUCAGAAUUUGGCACUUUAUCCCAAAGUUAGGUAAACACUCAGUAUUAUUAUGAUAAAUUGUGUUUAACAAUGAUAAAUUGCGUUUAAAUGGACUACAUCAAACAGGAAAAUCAGUAGGGACCAGGAACCAGUCCAAAUGUCUGUGUGUGUCCACGUGCCAUUGCAUUACAUUUUCACCCUAAAGUCCAAAUAUUAAUUUUGUGGUGUAAUCUGUAAACCCUGUAUAGCAUCGUGCAUCUCCUCAUUGGCUUCAAUGUACUCUUGAUUCGACUGAGUCUGUCAAGUUUGAUGUUCCAGGAUGGUUGUUUCACACUCACUUUUUUGUUUAAAAUACCAUUCAAAUCUGUGUAUUUUAGAGAGACAAUUGGUGUGCGUGUUUGUGUGACUAAUAUAUUUCAUACAUAAUUGCAUGACAAUAUUGCCUCAUUGGGCUGGUAGAGGGAAAAAUUCAUGGAUAAAACCUCAAACAAAA